AUGAAGGAGAGGAUGAAGUCUGGCAGAAUAACCGUUGGGUAUGUCAUCAUCUCUGCUCCACCUUGCAGUGCUCAGAUAUUGUCAAUCAAGCUCAACCGAGACAAUGUACCACUCCCUCCUUCGCGAAGGACUUGGGGUGUAUGGUCGUAUGCUGGUUUCUGGAUCUGCUCGGCCAUUAAUGUAUCAGGAUUCGCUGCGGGUGCCAGCUUGCUAUCUCUAGGACUGACAAUGGGCCAGGCCAUGACUGUCUGUGUCAUCACCAACUUCCUCGUGGCAGGUGCUGUAUGGUGCACCGGUCAAGUUGGCUCUUACUGGCAUGUCGGCUUUCCAAUGUGGAACCGUAUGGUCUGGGGGCUGCGAGCGUCGUAUUUUCCGCUUGCCAACCGAAUCAUACUCUCAUUCACCUGGACUGCUACUCAAGGCUGGCUUGGUGGACAAUGUCUCAAAGUAUUCAUUGGCUCCAUGUUUCCAAGCAUCUACACUAUGAAGAACACGAUGCCCGCCAGCACAUACAUGACUUCCGCCGACUUCUUGUGCUUCUUCCUCUUCACCAUCAUCUGUAUCCCAUGUCUCCUCAUACCCCCAGAGCACCUUCGGAGACCGAUGGUGACUAUCGCCAUAUUGUCCUCCCUCACCGCUAUCAUCCUCUUCAUCUGGUCCCUUGCUAGAUCCCACGGCGGUGGUCCCUUGAUGAAGCCCGAGGGUCUUGCUCUCAUCGGGGUAUCCCCUGUUCGGGGUUCCGCCCUCGCAUGGGCCAUGUUCCACGGUAUAUCUUCUACUUUGGGCGGUGUCUGUGCAGGCAUAUUGAACAUGUCAGACUACACCCGCUUCGCAACCAAGCCCAGGGCCCCGCUAAUCACUCAAGCCAUCGUCACACCUAUCGCCGGUGUUCUGACUUCCACCAUUGGUAUCGUACUGGCAUCAAGCGCCUCCGAGUUCUACCCUACUGCGACUCUUCUCUGGACCCCUUAUGAUUUGCUUGCGGCAAUGCAGACAUAUGGCAAUAAUGGCACUCGGGCAGCCGUCUUUUUCGCUUCACUGGUGUUCACUCUUGCGCAAUUGGGACUCAACAUCCCAGGAAAUUGUAUUGCCGGAGGCAUCGAUCUCGCCUCACUGCUUCCCAAAUAUAUCAACAUCCGACGCGGAGCCUAUAUCACCCUAGCUAUAUCAAUCGGCAUGUGCCCCUGGGCUCUGAUGUCUGGAGCCACGGCGUUUAUUGCCGUCAUGAGUGGCUAUGCCGUUUUCCUGGCCCCUAUCACUGGUCUCAUGGUGUUUGACUACUACUUUGUUCACAAACAAAAGAUGAAGCUCACAUCUCUCUACGAGUGCUCUCCCAGCUCCAUCUACUACUACAACAAAGGUGUCAACUGGAGAGCGUUUGUUGCUUGGGCUUUCGGAGUAGGACCGGCGUUUCCUGGAUUUUUGCAGUCUGUGGGAGCAAAGGUGACUGUUCCUAGUGGAGCCACCAAACUCUACUACAUCUGCUGGCCUUUGGGAUUCUGCAUCUCGGGCGUCAUGUACCUCUCGCUCUGCACCCUCUUUCCUCUUCCGGGUAUCGGCGAAGUCGAUGAAGAGGACGAGUUCCAAGCUUUCGGAGACGCCUCACCAGCCGUAGACCCGGAGGGCGUGGCUGAGCCGGAAAAAGAUCUCACAGAAAAGGAAGCCACAGAGAACAAGGUCAUAUCGGAUCAGCCGACUCACGUCAAUGUGGUGGGCGCUCAAUGGUAG